AUGUCGAAGUUGAGCGUCUCAUCGCCAAAAGUGCUGGGUCUGCUCGCCCUCCUCUUCCUAGCUUCCUGUCUCGUAACCCUUUCUUUUCGCUCUUCUCCUUCAGGAUAUUACGCUCGACAAGGGACGCGACUGUCUCACCAUGGAUCCAAAAAGGUUACGCCCAAUGUAGCCUUUGUGACCUUCCUCGGUGCAUUCACUGGCGACAUAGACCCUAACAAGCCUGAAAACGACGACGAUGAUGGAUACUACGUGUCCACACGCGUACUGGGCUAUCAGUUGAUGCAUUCAGUCACUGCAGGCACCAACGCCUCUAUCCCUUUCGUCGUCAUCGUCACCGAUGAAACCCACCCACGCAAACGAGCCCGACUGGAAAAAGACGGCGCCAUUGUAAUCGAAGUCGAGCGCAUCUCACCCGGCUGGGCUAUUCCAGGCGACCCGCGUUGGAAAGACAUGAUGACCAAAUUGCGGCUUUUCGAACUUACCCAGUACUCCAAGAUUUGCUAUAUCGAUUCUGAUCAUUUGGUUACUGAGAGGCUUGAUGGGAUCUUCUAUGAUGAAGCUACGAUUACGCAACAUACAUCCCAAGAACCGAAUAACCAGAAGGAGGAUGAGGCAGCAAUGCCUAGGACGUACAUGAUGGCUGCGCAUGCCGAUUACUGGGGCUAUGAUCAUCCAUACCCACCUCCCACGGAUGAAACAUACAUGAACUUUGGCUUUGCAGUGUUCUCACCUUCAGUCGCGCUGUUCAAGUAUUACCUCUCCGUGUUGGCUGUACCGGGACGUUUCGACAUGGGCAUGCAAGAGCAGAGUUUGAUCAAUUACGCACAUAGGCGUGAUGGAAACAUGCCCUGGAAACCGCUAUGGCAUGGCUGGAAUGUAAACUGGCCAACGGAGAAAGAUUGGAAAGCCGGGGCAAAGAGUUUCCAUGCCAAGUAUUGGGAUACUGAUCCUAGUCAUGAUAAAUUGCUGAAGUCGAUUUGGAGAGAACAGAGAGCGGAGAUGGAAGGCUUUUAUCGUGGCAGAGAUGGUGGGAAGUGA